AUGGAAAAAUUGAUUCUAAUUUAUUCUAAUGUUUUGCAGCUUUCUAAGACGAUAACAGAUGCGAAAGAUGAGAAAGAAAUCUUCAUCUAUAUUUUUCUCCUUAUUAGUUAUUUAGUGUUCUUGUACUUAUGCUGCCAUUCGGGACAAAUUAUGGUAGAUCGUAGUCUGAACGUGUUCAAGGAAACGUAUCAUUCUACAUGGUACUGCAUGCCUAUAAAAGCGCAGAAGUUAUUACUGUUUAUCAUGUUAAGAAGUUCAACGGAAAGUGUGAUAAACCUUUUCGGAUUUUUCGUUGCUUCUCAUGUAGGUUUUUGGAAGAUGCUGAGUACGUCCGUCUCAUACUUUACUAUGAUAUACUCUUUUCAGUAG